UUUCAGGAACUGGCAGCAGUCAUGUAAACAGGUUUUACCUGACGAACCCACCGAAAGUUCGCAUCGUUUAACGAUGAUUCACAAACAAAAUAGGGACUUUGUUGUUUGUCAUGUUUUGACAUUUCCAGCUGUUACGCUUUGACCAAACUUCUUUUCAAAGCGAGUUGAGGUUUCACUUGCAAAGGGACACAAUGCAGGGCCUUCGCCACAAAAAGCAGCGGCGGCGCUCCUCCUCCUCCGCUGCUGUCACGUAUCCGCUCAGGCACCUACAAACGGACGGAUGUGUCAGUGAGUCUUCAGCAGACCGAGGGCAAGACACGGCUCCGGAGUACUCCAGGAUGAGGUCCCGUCUGAGCUUCUACGUGUGCUACCUGCUGUGUUUGGGCUUGAGCCUGGCCUGUCUGGUGUGCGUGUGUUACUGGAGCAGCCAUUGGCGAGGCGGCUUUGCCUGGGACGGCUCGGGGAAGCAGUUCAACUGGCACCCGGUGCUGAUGGUAGCGGGUCUGCUGGUUCUGUACGGCAAUGGUGCUGUGUUGUACCGGGUCCCACUCACCUGGGGCCAGAAUAAACUGCCCUGGAAGCUGCUCCACGCGGCCCUGAUGCUCCUCGCCUUCAUUCUCUCCGUAGUGGGUCUGUGUGCUGUGUUCGGGAAUCACAACGCUAACAAAAUCCCCAACCUCUACUCCUUGCACAGCUGGAUUGGAAUUUCAGCGGUAGCGCUCUUUGCCAUGCAGUGGGUGAGUGGCAUGGUGGGAUUUCUUCUUCCCUGGUCCCCCCUGACCCUGCGAAAGCUCCUUAAACCGCUCCAUGUGUGGAUGGGAGCAGGGAUCCUGGUGCUCAGCGCCGCAGCGUUCAUCUCUGGCAUCAACGAGAAACUAUUCUUUGUCCUAAAAGGAGGGUCUAAUGCUUCUCAGGCGUAUUCCAGUCUUCCUCCCGAAGCCGUGUGCGCCAAUGUGCUCGGCGUUCUGAUCGUCGCCUUUGCUUUGCUGGUGCUGAAGAUUCUGAACAACAGUCACUGGCAGAGACCAGAACCUCAACCCGCAGAAAUCAGCUACACGCCGCUGACUCAAGAGGAAAAUCAAUGAAGGGAUUUUAACUCCAGAUUCGUCCAGCAAGAUCGACGUCUUGUUUUUGCUACUUAUUUUUCUGUUUUGUGGUUUUGGAUGUAAAGACAUAAAUUAUUGUCUUGUUUUCUUUGAAUGUGUUUCAUCGUAUUUUUACAUUACAUUCUGAAUGUAUAACUUUUGAUUUUUAAAAGGUCUAUAAUGUUUAUUAUCGUCUGGAUCUAAACUUUGAAUCUAGAUGUUGUGAAAGUUAUGUGCAGAUAAGGUGGCGUUUCUCCUUUCACUGGUCACAAGACAAGACGAACCACUCUGUUAAAGUCUUGUCAGGUCACGCUCAUAAUUCUUCGUGGCAACAAUUGUAAUCAAAGAGUCGAAGGUUUGUAGGGCCAUCGACUUGAAGAAAUGAUGCGCAAAUUCG